AUGAUUAGGUACAGCAAAUUAAAAGGUUUUGUAGCAUUUCGCCAAUAUAUUCUGGCCUUCCACAAAUAUGUGAAUGAACCCUCCAUUUUUUCAAAAUUCUGCAGCCUUUUUGUCAUUACCCAGUCCGUCGGUGCCAAUUCCAGAGACGAAGUGUCUGUGCAUGUGACGCCGCGUCCCUUCGAAGACGAGGCGCCGUCGGCGUCGCUUCGAGGUGCCGUCGACAAGAGCGUCGCCUGCAAGUUUUACCAGCGGCUGCUGUUGAACGCUUGGCGCCGAUCGCGGUACCAACUCACCACCAUCACUGAAUCAUUUAAUAGGCAAAAGGAACAGAUAAAUAAUUUAGAAAUGCAAAUAACCCUUCUGAAAAAACUGAACAGGUCGGAAAUACAAAAACGCGACGAAGCCUUGUUGGAAUUUCAAAAUACCAAAUCGACUUUAGAGAGGAUACAACAUGAUAACGUUAAUCUCUGCAAGAACCUAGAAUCAUUUAAAUUAGGCCUAGACAAUAAUCAGAAAACUCUAAAAAAUGCUGAAGUAGAAAUAAAAACGUUUUCAGAAAAGCUACGUAGCACUGAAAUGGAACUUAAAGAAAAAUCUAAAGAGAAUAUUAAAUUAACAAAAAAGGCCGAAGCCGAAUGUUUGGCCUAA